CUUCGAAAUUUUUUUUCUCUCUUUGCAAACAUUGUUGUCCCAUUGUUGUCGAAGCUCACAAUCUUGUCAUCGAAACGCACAAAUUGCGGUCCCAUUGAAGCGAUUAUGACCGACAGGGUUUAUCAAGAUUAUGGUUUCGAACAAUUUCGAAUUGACAAAUUUGCAUUGAUUGUCAAUAUUGGAGGUUAUUUUGUGAACUGUGGACCUAUUGUGGAGUAUAUAUGUGGUAGUUUAAAGAGUAUUUAUGGGUUAGAUGCUGAUAGAUUUGGAUACUUUAACCUACAAGAAGAAAUUAAGAAGUUGGGAGUUAACAAGUAUGAAAAAAUUGUGUAUAGAAUAGUUGGUGCUGGUGUUGGAGCUGAUAGUUUGAGAGAUGUAACUGAUGAUAAAGGGGUUAUGGUGAUUAUUAGUUGUGGUAAGAAUAAGAAAACUAUAGUUCAAAUUUAUGUGGUUGGUGGUGACAUUAAUGAUGAUGAAGAAGAUGAGAAUGUUGAGGCAUCAUUUCAGAUAAAAUCUUCUAGCCAUCAAGAUACUGAUGAUAGGGAAGAGGCUGAGGCAUCAUUUCACACACAAGCUAACCAACAAGAUAUUGAUGAUAGAGAAGAGGCUGAGGCAUCAAUUAAGGAUGAGCCUGCAGACCAGUUGGAAGAUAUUAAUGAUAUUAUUAGUAACUUCACUUCUGUUGAACAUGGUGAAGGUGAUGCAGAAACUAAUAGUGCAUGUGCUGGGUUGGGGUCACAAGAGUCAUCUGAUGAUGAAGAUUAUUUUCCAACUGGGGUGAGUUCAUCAGAUGAUGACCUGUCUGAUGAUCAUCUUUUUUAUGAUGAUGAGUAUGUUCAGGCAAGAAAGAACUUAAAGGAGUCUAAGAAAAAAGUUCAAGAUUGGGAUGAUGAUGCAGGCUAUACACAUCCAAUGGCU